UCUUUUUUUUUUUACAGUAGAGUCGCUACUUCUGUAAAAAAUAAUAAUAAUUAAUAAUAAUACAUUUCGAGAUGUCCCACAUAUGUAGCAGGAAAUUUUUCCCAUAAUUCAAUGCAGGCAAACAAAUAGAGGUUAAAGAUGGCGGCUGAUAGUGACCCCGAGUCGGAAGUGUUUGAAAUCACAGACUUCACCACCGCCUCGGAAUGGGAAAGGUUUGCUUCAAAGGUAGAGGAAGUGCUGAAUGACUGGAAACUGAUUGGAAGUAGUGUGCACAAACCUCUGGAGAAGGGCGAAUAUAACAGUGGCACCUGGAAAGAAAAGACAGAAGAAAUUUCCUUUGCAGACUACAAAUUCACAGUAACGCAUCACUAUUUAAAAAAAGAGUCACCCAAUGGGGAAGAAAAAGAGGAACCAGAGGAAGAUGCAUUCCCUACAGCUAUGCAAGAUUUGCUGUGCAUGAACAAUGAUUUUCCACCCAGAGCUCACUGUUUAGUCAGAUGGUAUGGGGUGCGUGAGUUUGUUGUAAUUUCUCCAGGAGCCAACAAUGAUGCAAUCAUCAGUGAAUCAAAGUGUAAUCUGCUGUUAAGUUCUGUAUCAAUUGCCUUGGGGAACACAGGCAGCCAGGUACCACUGUUUGUACAAAUCCAGCAGAAGUGGCGACGGAUGUAUGCUGGUGAAUGUCAGGGUCCUGGGGUCCGCACUGACUUUGAAAUGGUCCACCUUCGCAAAGUGCCAAACCAGUACAGUCACCUGUCGGGCCUGCUGGAUAUCUUCAAGUCAAAGAUAGGUUGCCCUUUGACUCCCAUACCCCCCGUCAAUAUAGCAAUCAGGUUCACAUACAUCCUUCAGGACUGGCAGCAAUAUUCCUGGCCCCAGCAACCUCCAGACUUUGAUGCACUUCUGGGAGGGGAAGUUGGAGGAGUGGAAUUUGGGAAGUUGCCAUUUGGAACCUGUGAGGAUCCUAUUAGUGAACUUCACUUAGCCACAACUUGGCCCCACCUGACAGAAGGCAUUGUUGUUGAUAAUGAUGUUUAUUCCGAUUUAGAUCCUAUUCAGGCUCCUCAUUGGUCGGUGAGAGUAAGAAAAGCAGAUAACCCUCAAUGCCUGUUGGGUGAUCUCCUUAGCGAAUUCUUUAAACUCUGUUGUCGGAAGGAGUCUACUGAGGAAAUUCUAGGAAGGUCACCUUUGGAGGAAGAGGGAAAAGAGAAUGCAGAUAUUAGUCAAGCCUUAUCCAAACUGACUGAGCCAACUACUGUUCCCAUUCAUAAACUGUCUGUGUCCAACAUGGUUCACAGUGCACGGAAAAGGAUGCACAGACAUCGACGUGUGGAGGAGUCACCACUCAGUAACGAGGUCCUUAAUUCAGUUUUAUUGUACCUUUUCCCAGAUGCAGCAGAGAAACCAUCCAAUGGAUCUGAAGCAAAACCUGGCGCAUCUAAUGCUAACAGCCCACCUGAAAAAGAGCCUGAGAGCUAUAAUCUGUACAAUCAGUUCAAGUCCUCUCCUGCUGACAGUCUUACCUACAAACUGUCCCUCUGUCUCUGCAUGGUCAACUUCUAUCACGGAGGAGUUAAGGGGGUGGUACAGCUCUGGCAGGAGUUUGUGUUGGAAAUGCGUUACAGAUGGGAAAACAAUUAUCUCGUGCCGGGGUUAGCCAGUGGACCCCCUGAUCUAAGAUGUUGCUUAUUGCACCAGAAGCUGCAGAUGUUAAACUGUUGCAUUGAGAGGAAGAAAGCCAGAGACAAUGAGAAGAGGCCGUGCCCCUCGGACAGUUCUGGUGGCAGUGCGGGGGAGAGGAAGAUGUCUGGCUGUGACAAUGGGAAGAGGCCGUGCCCCUCGGACAGUUCUGCUGGCAGUGCGGGGGAGAGGAAGGUGUCUGGCUGUGACAAUGGGAAGAGGCCGUGCCCCUCGGACAGUUCUGCUGGCAGUGCGGGGGAGAGGAAGGUGUCUGGCAAUGACAAUGGGAAGAGGCAGAGCCCCUCGGACAGUUCUGCUGGCAGUGAGGGGGAGAGGAAGGUGUCCGGCAGUGACAAUGGGAAGGCCACACAGAAUUCCUCGGGGACUGAGGACCGGAGAGAGAGAGGAGAGGCCAACCAGUGGAAGUCCUGGGAAUCCUGGAGUGACAGUGAGGAAGAGUUCUUCGAGUGCCUCAGUGACACGGAGGAGCUGAAAGAAAACACAAAGGAUAAUGAAAAGGAGGAGGGACCUCCAAAAGAAAACAAAGACGCACCAAGGCUGAGAGCUGAAGGCCGUCUGCAUCCGCAUGGGAAACUGACCCUGCUGCACUACAUUCAAGAGCCCCUGUAUAUCCCAGUAACACAAGAGCCGGCUCCAAUGACAGAGGAUUUGCUAGAAGAACAGUCAGAGGUGUUGGCUAAAUUAGGGACAUCAGCUGAAGGAGCGCAUCUGCGGGCUCGAAUGCAGAGCGCCUGUCUACUUUCAGACAUGGAGUCCUUCAAGGCAGCUAACCCUGGUUGCUGUUUGGAAGACUUUGUGAGGUGGUACUCUCCCCGGGAUUAUGUUGAGGAGGAGGUGCUUGAUGAGAAAGGCAAUACAAUCAUCAAAGGGGAGCUGAGCGCCAGGAUGAAGAUACCUGGGAACAUGUGGGCAGAGGCCUGGGAGACAGCCAAGCCAGCCCCAGCACGCAGGCAAAGGAGGCUUUUCGAUGACACCAGGGAGGCGGAAAAGGUUCUGCAUUAUUUAGCUGUUCAGAAACCUGCUGACCUCACAAGACAUUUAUUGCCCUGCAUUAUCCAUGCUGCCAUUCUCAAAGAGAAAGAGGAAGAAUCAACAGAAGAUAUUACUUCUGUAAGAAAAGUCAUUUCGCAGAUAAUCUCUAAUGCCAGCAAGUUUUUACAUCAUCCCAACCCAGAUUAUAAGAAGCUGGAGGAAAUUAUUAACCAGAUAAUGGCUGUGGAAACCAUUAUUGCCAGGGCUCGGUCCCUAAAAGCAAAGUUUGGGAUCAGUAAAUGCGAAAACAUUGUCGAAAGGGAGGAUCUGGAAAGGUUUGUGAAUUCUUUGCUGGAGGAAACAGAGGUAUCAGUGGUUGGAGCAGGAAGAGGCCCAGCUGGAAGAAUUAUUCACAAUUUAUUUGUCACUGCUCAGAGGGCUGCCUUGAUGACCUUCAUGGAUGAGGAGUCUGUGAAGUCUGGCUCUCAGGAGGAACGGAAGCAGAAUCUAGGAGCCGUUUCGGAUUUUCCUCCUCCAGCUGGCCGUGAAAUAAUUCUGCGGACUGUAGUGCCUCGACCUGCUCCGUACUCUAAACCACUCCCUCAGCGCAUGUACUGUGUGCUAAUAAAAGAAGAUUUCAGACUGGCUGGGGCAUUUUCAUCCGAUACUUCAUUUUUCUGAUUUUUUUUUUUUCUCCCCCCCCUCUUGGCAUUGAGUAUUGAUGGUGAUUCUCCCAAACCAUCUAAAACGUUACCACUCCCCCCCCUUCACUUCCAAUUCUUUGUGGUGCAACUCUCAGCUUAAGGGUUAACAAAAACCUUUCACUGUCAGCUGUGAAAAGGGUUGUGUUUACGUAGAACCCAUGCGUUAUGCGAGUACUAAAUUAGUAAGGCAUAUUUCAUAACGUACAGUAGCAGAAGUUUGAGUCAGAGUUUAUAAAAUUGAAGUUUGGUUUCAAUGCAUAAUGUUUGGAGGCCAGAUAUUUCAGUUUUUUGGUGUAUACAAGUGCCAGUAGUACUAUUAUUUUUUCAUCACAAAUGCAUGCAUAUUGAAAUUAAGGCAGUUAUUUUCAUUAUAACUACAAAUGGGUGAAAGUUCAAUGAACUCAAACAGAUUAUAUAUUAUAUACGUAUAUCCCUCUAUAUUAAGAUGUACUGUAGAGCAAGUGGCAUGAUAUCAGUACAGUAUUCUGUUUAAUAACAGUGUGGACAUGUCACUACAGGGUUUUUAGUUUUUUUUUUUUGCCAAAUUUGUAACUAUCAACAAAAACUGUUUUGCUAGUUAAAUGUUUGACAAAUGUGUUUAGUAUUGAUAUUUGGGUAUUUUAAUGAUACUUUUAGCCAGAAAAUAAAAGCAUUCCUUCUCCCUACUGAGUACAAGUACAUUUUUCUGUAAUGAAAUUGUGAUGGAAUGUUUCUGCAAUUGUCUGAAUAAGGCAGAUUGGUAAAAGAGGGAGGGGACCUUCAGCAACAUCUUAAUUCUCCCUGCUGUGAAUGAAAUAUUAUAUUUUUGCAUACAUCUGGAAAACUGCUUAUUAUGAAACUCGUAUUAACAUAUUUAGCAUAUGUUAUUCAAGUUUCAGAUCCUCGGGAUAUAUGAAGGUGUAACACUUACAUUUUUGCAAAUAAAUGGAGAAUUACUAAAAUUGUGGUUAAACAUUUCAUUGUUAAAUCUUAUUCUAUGCUAUUCUGUUGGUACAGGCAUUUCAUCAUAUUGAUCUCGAAUUUGAAUUUACCUUCAUGGCAGGGGAUGCCUGUUACUGACACACAUGUUGGUCAUGCAGGAUACUCCUAAGUUAACAUUAAUCUUGUCAAUAACAGGAUGUUUCUCUGCUCUAAUUCAAUAGUGUAAAUUAGGUCUCCACAUAAAUCUGUUUAGAAUUCUUCAAAUACACCAUGAGGAGAGUUGAAAUUUAUCAAGGCUAACACCCAUGCUGUCUUACCCAUACAAUACUUCUGCUAAUACUUGAAGUCAGCUCUGGCUAGACUACUGCACCAAGAUGUCCCAGCAUUCCUGUGCUCCAUAUCUGGACUCUUCCUGUUAUUGUCAGCCAAUUACUGUGGCUUUGUCUUUUAAAUUGUU